UAUCAGAAAAAAAAGUUAUCAAUCAUUCAAAAGUUUUCUUUUAUGAAAAAUUUUUAAUUACAGAAAUUAAGGAUAUUUCGACCAUUUCUAUUUUUUAAAAAGUGCAUAUUACUCGAUAAAUCAUGGGUUGUGAUGGUGGUACAAUUCCUAAGCGAGAUGAACUCGUCAGACUAAAAAAGAAGCCAGAACAAAAAGAUAAAGUAGCCGAGUUAUCAUUCCGCUGGCAACAUUGCGCAAUAAGCCACGAACCUUUACGAAAACCUAUAGUAGCUUGUGGAUUAGGACGUCUUUACAACAAAGAUACCGUGAUCGAAAAACUUCUCGAUAAAACUAGUAAACCGGAAUCCAUCUCGCAUAUUAAACGUUUAAAGGAUGUGAAAGAUUUAAACCUGACGGAAAACUCAGCUUACAAAGCUGAAGAUGAAAAAGGUGAUAAUCGCGUCGAUCGUCAAACUGCACCUUACAUCUGUCCUGUUUCUGGUUUAGAAAUGAGUGGAAAAUUCAAAUUUUGUUUCUUCUGGAGUUGCGGAUGUGUUCUAGCUGAACGAGCUAUCAAACAAUUUCAAGAGAAAUCGUGUCUCAAAUGUCAGACUCCUUAUACCGAUGAUGAUAUUGUUAUUAUGAACGCCGCUGAUCAGGAUUUAGAAUUGAUGACUACUAGGAAUAAAUUACGUCAAAAAUCGAGCAAAAAAAUUAAAGUCAAGGUGGAGCCUAAUGACGAACCAGUAGCUAGUACAAGUUCUACGAUUUUCGAAACAGUUAAAGUAAAGAAAGAAAGCGAGGAUGAAAAAUUACCCAUCAAGAAACCCACCGAAAUAAAACGAGAGAAGGGGAACUCUUCAGUUACGCCAUUAGCGGCUGCAACUAAAUCAAAAAAACGAUCUUUGGAGGGUAUGUGUGAUCCUGCAUAUAAGAAGACGAAACAAUCGUAUAGUAUUUCAAAGGAUUCCAAAGCAACUGAUGUUUUCAAAUCUUUGUUCACUUCUCAUGAUGAUGCCAAAUCUCAGACUAAAGCUCACUGGGUCACGUAUAAUCCAUUUUAUAAUUAAUUUCAAUGGCUUCAUUUGUAUAUUUAUUUACCUGUACUUAAUGUAUUAUUUAUUGUUGUAAAUGGAACUCAUCUUCAACAUUCCGAAUUUUAAUAAAUUUUAAGUGUGAAUA